AUGUGGUAUGCCGCUUUACUGCGGUUUAUCCGAAGACGUCUUGUUCUUGGUAUUAUUUUCGCGUCUUCUUUAACUUACUGCAUUGUUAGUUUCCUCAAAGAGGGAAACAGUAGAAAUAUGGUAUAUCAGGAUGUAUCUAUUGAAAGAAAGCCAUUUGUAUGGAGAACCUUACAAGAACAUAACGAAACUAAUGAUAGUAUGUGUCGAAACUCUGUUCAGGGUAAAAAUUUGUUAGUAGAUGAUAGAGGUUAUGUAUGUCAAAGGUCUGAGUUAGCUAAAAAUGGUUGUUGCACUGUAGACUCAGAAUAUACAAAAAGAUACAGUUGCCAUUCAUGCAAAAGCAACAAUUGCUGUAUUAUUUAUGAAUACUGUGUGUCUUGCUGUUUAGAUCCUAACAAGAGAAGUCUAUUGGAGUUGGUGCUAUCAAAACUGUCUGCUGAAGAAAAAGUGUUGUUUCAUUCAAUAAGUGAUGAUUAUGAAUUAUGCCUAACAAAGUGUCGUACAAGUUCUCAUAGUGUGCUUCAUGAAAACUCAUAUAAAGAUGCAGAACACAAAUAUUGCUUUGGCAAUGGUGUAGAUUCCAAACCACCCGAU